AGUGGAGACGUGUGGUGCAUUGAAGUAUUAGCUGCUGUAGUCGCUGCUCCUCCGACUGUUGUGGCUGUGGAUGAACGACCAUUUGCAGAAGGGAACAGACUCAACAGAAGUUCUUUAAUUUCCCCAAAGAAAGCGAAGCGAGCUGUGGGAGUCACGUGCCUUAGUAUAUGGUAGAACUUUGGUCGAGUCUCGUGUGGAAAUUAUUUUGUUUAGUAAGUCUUCUUUGGUCGAUAAGUUUACAAUUUACAUCGGUAAAGAUAUAUGUUUGGUUGAAAACUUAACGAUAUUAUGACUUCAAAGGAAAAAACUGAAUUCCUUUUCAAAGUGUUGGUGAUCGGCGACUUGGGAACAGGAAAAACAAGUAUUAUAAAACGCUACGUACACCAGUUCUUUUCAAUACAUUAUCGGGCGACCAUUGGAGUGGAUUUUGCGUUAAAAGUUUUAAACUGGAAUGAUGAUACCUUAAUUAGAUUACAGCUAUGGGACAUUGCGGGUCAAGAAAGAUUUGGAAAUAUGACUAGGGUAUAUUACAAAGAAGCAGUUGGUGCUUUUGUAGUCUUCGAUGUGACUCGUUCUACCACAUAUGAAGCUGUAGAGAAAUGGAAAAGUGAUUUGGAUAGCAAAGUUUUCUUGCCCAAUGGUUCUCCAAUUCCUGCUGUCUUGCUUGCUAACAAGUGUGACCAAGUGAGUGAAGGCCUUUUCAGUAAUACAGCCCAAAUGAACGAGUUCUGUGCAGAAAAAGGUUUUGCUGGCUGGUUUGAAACAUCAGCCAAAGAAAACAUAGGCAUUGAUGAGGCUGCAUCCUUUUUAGUGAAUAAGAUACUAGACAAUGAAAGGGCAAAUGUAUUUGUACAGAGUGAUGAUAUGCCCAGUAGUAAUGGCGUUAUACGGCCAGGGCAAAGCUCUCAAAACUACGCACAAAGACGACAAAACACUGGCUGUUGCUCAUGAUUUAUUAGAUCAGUUAUAAACCUACAUACAUGUGUAAUAAUGAAUCAAUAUUAUUAAUCUUAUGUAAAGUACAAACAAAAUGUCUCUUCCAAUAUCACCCAAUUCAAUGUUCAUUUAAUUGACAAAUUUGUGGUUUUACUUUACCCUAAAUAAGGAUUCUCAAUUAUGCAAUAUGUAAACACAAUUUUUGAUAUUAAAUGAAAUUUAUAUUAUUAUA